AUGACCCAGGAAGAAGUGGACCUCGUCGCCGAUGCUAUUCUGUGGAUCGCCGAUAAUGGUUGGAUACUCCUCCCUUCGUACACUUUCAAGACCCGAUCAGGAGAGUGGUAUCAUAUCAGACGAGAUGAUAGGCAAAAGCUCAAAUACCUCCAUUAUAACUUUGUUGCGGCCGUCCUAAACGAUUUGUUUGGCAUUCAAGCUAGGGGUGGCUGCGCUUGUGCUGGACCGUAUGCGGAAACCAUUCUCGGUCUCAGUGCUGGAAACGCCACCAAGUUCGAAGAAGCUGUCGGACUCUUUUGGAGACGUUUGUUCAAUCAUCCUUUCGGACAGGGGUUGAAUUGA